AUGAGGGCAGCCGCGCCCGCGCUCGCGGCGUCGCCGCCGCGCGCGGGGAGGCGGCGGCGCGCGCCGAGGGCGACGGGCGCGCGGCGCGCGGCGUCGUCGUCGUCGCCGCGGGCGGCGGCGGCGUCGCCCGCGCGCGUCGUCGUCGUCGUCGUCGUCGCGACGGGCGCCGGGGGCAUCAUGAGAUGCCGCGGCGACGCGGUCGUACAGCGCGCACCGCGAGCGCCGGGAGGAGGCCGCGGCCGCGGUUCCGCCGUCGUCGCCGCGGCGUCGUCGCCCUCCACCGGCGAUCUCCGCGCGACGUCGCCGUCCUCCUCGACCUCCUCCUCCUCCGACGAUUCUCGCGACGACGGCGACCGCGGCGGAGGCGACACCGAGAACAAGCUCCUCCUCGCGUGCGUCAUCGGCCUCGCCACCGGCCUCGGCGUCGGCGUGUUCAACAUCGCGGAGCACAACGUCCACGACCUCGUGUUCUUAAACUUAGAAAACUCCCCGGAGCGGUUCGCGGUCGAGGGCGCGCGGGGGAUGCCGGACACGUGGCAGCAAGCCGUCAGCGCGGUGGCCGUGCCGUUCGCCGCGGGGUGGCUCGUCACCGGGUUGCGAUUUCUCGCCGACGGCUUCGUCGGCGAGACACCGCCGAGGAAUCCGUUCGGUAACGGCGAUCGCGACGACGAAGGCGACAACAAAGGAGCCCCCACCGCCGCGCGCGCGCGGUGGAACGACGCGCUGCCGCGGUGGGCGAAGGCGGCGCUGAAGCCGACGGCGAAGGCGGCGGCGGCGGUGAUCACGUUGGGUUCGGGCGCGAGCCUCGGGCCGGAGGGGCCGAGCGUGGAGAUCGGCGCGUCCGUCGCCGGCGGCGUCGCCGGCGUCGCGGAUCGCGUGGACCCUACCGCGAAGACUCCGCGCGAAGGAGGCGCUUCCGCGUCGGCAUCGUCCGCUUCGUCAGCGGCGGCGUCCACGUCAGCGGCGGCUUCGUCCACGUCGGCGGCGGAGCGACGCCUCGGGCUCGUCGCCGCCGGCAGCGCCGCGGGCAUCAGCGCCGGCUUCGGCGCGCCCAUCGCGGGUCUGUUCUUCGCGUUCGAGAGCAUCCUGCAGCCCGCGGCAGCGAGAGGCGGCGGCGGGAGCAGCGGCGGGAGCACCGGGUUCGGGCCUCUGACCACGGAGUCUGUCAUCCUCGCGAGCGUCCUCGCCGCGGUGGUGUCGAAUCAGCUCCUCGGGGAACAGCCCGCGUUCAUCGUCCCCGCGUUUGAGAUCGCGAACGUCGCGGAGCUGCCGCUGUACCUCCCGCUCGGCGCGCUGUGCGGCGCGACCGCGGUCGCGUUCCGCGUCUCCUCGAACGUCCUCGGGAGCGCGUUCGACGCGCUCGAGCGCGGCGGCGAAGGAGGGAACGGCGAAGGAGGGAACGGGAACGGGGGCGGCGCGUGGCGCGUCCCGAAAGAAUUUCACGCGCCUCUCGGCGGCUUGCUCUUCGGCUUCGUCGCGCUCGCGUUCCCGGAGGUGACGUACCAGGGCUUCGACAACGUGAACUCGAUCCUCGGCGCGGACGGCAGCGCGCUGCGUCAGGCGUACCCCGCGGCGGUCUUGCUUCAGCUCGUGAUCGUGAAGCUGCUGACGACGACGUGGUGUCGGCAGGCGCGUGCUUCCGGGUUGGUCGGCGGCGUGUACGCGCCGAGUCUGUUCAUGGGCGCCGCGUUGGGGUCGGCGUACGGCACCGCGCUCGUCCCGUUCGCGCUCGCGGGCGCGCCGGUGGCGCCGCCGCAGGCGUACGCGCUCGUGGGCAUGGCUGGCGUCCUCGCGGGCGUCUGCAAGGUGCCGCUGACCGCCAUCUUGUUGCUGUUCGAGCUCACGCACGACUCGAGGAUCAUCGUGCCGCUGUUGGGGACGGUGGGCGUCGCCGCCGCCGUCUCCGGCGCGGCGGAGCGAAAGAUGGACGUGAUGCGGUCCGAGCGCGGGAAGGUUCAAAAUGACCCGGUCGGGAGGGUCGCGCGACGAGGGACCCUCCCGGGCGUCGACGACGACGACGACUGCGUGGCCAGGGACACGUGCACGCUGGACGAGGACGACGGCGGGCCCCUGGACGCGACGAUGGACGACCGUCCGCCGCCGACGACGGCUGGGAGGGAGGGCUUGUACUUGGCGCUGGAGGCGUUCGACGCGGGCGGCGCGGACGCGGACGCGGACGCGGGCGAAGGAGAAGGAGAUGGAGAGGCGCGGUCGUGGUCCGACGGCGACGCCGCCGCGGAAAUAUUGUCCUCCGUUCUCGUCGCGGACGCGAUGCGCCGCGACGCCCCCAGGGUGUCGUCCGACGCGAGCGUCCUCGACGCCGCGCUCGCCGCCGCGGCGGGCGGCGCGCGCGAUCCCUCGGGAGAAGGCGGGCGGCGCGGCGGUCGCUGCGCCGUCGUCGUCGACCCGACGGACGGCGCGUUCGUCGGGCUCGCGACGGCGUCGUCGCUCGUCGCGGCGCUCGAGCGGGGAGACGGCGGCGGUCGCGCGCGAGACGCGUGCGACGGCGGCGUGCCGAGGGUGACGUCUAGCGCGUCGUUGCGCGACGCGUUGGCGACGAUGAACGCCGCGGGCGGCGCGGCGGUGGCCGCCGUCGUCGCCGCGGAGGGCGCUUCCGCGUUGGGGGUGUUGGAGAGGGCGGCGGUGGAGACGGAGAGGGACGCGGCGUCGUUGCGCGCGUCGCUGAGGGCGUUCGAGGAGAAGGCGGGGCGAUCCGCGACGAGGGAGGAGACGAACGCGCCGCGGUAGAAGAGCGCUCCUUCGGCGCGGUCGGUUUUAUCGUACGUAGAGAAUUCUAGAGUCGGUCGCGCGUUGCGUUCUUCGCGCGAGCUACGGGUAUCUUACUUAAUAGACUAGCUU